AUGGACCGCGCCAGGAAGCGCGAACUGCGCAGCCUUAAUGAACGCGCAUGGAAUGGCGAGCAGGAUCUGUUCGCCGUCAACAAGGCUCUCGACUCGUCCCUCAAGAAGAACACCGCCUUCAUCAAGCGACUCCGAACUGCCGUAACCCCCGCGACCCUCGCGACUUUUUUGCAAGAGAUUCGAACACUCAGCCUGCACAAGUACCUAUCCGAAAUCAUUUCGGCAUGCUACGAGGGCCUCUGCAAGCUCAAGUCGCCUGGUGAGGUGGACGCUGGCGUGGAAAUCGUCAGUGCCCUCCACCAGCGCUUUGGGCCUGGCGAGUUUACUGAGUACUUGGCAUGGCUUCUUGGCAAGGGCAUGGCCACGCCAGACAAGAGCUUCCUCAAGUCUCUGCCGCAGGAGACUCGCGAGAAGGAAGAGAAGGAGCGGAUUGGCCGCCAACGCGCGCUUCUAAGGGUCGUCACUGAACUCUGGCUCGCAGGGGUUCUUCGGACCCUUGACGAUGCCGCCAAGCCCGAUGACGCCACGAAAGCUGUGGCCGGAAAGACAACCGAGAUCAAGUCUCGUGGAGGAGCUAAGCAGAACGAUGGAGCUGUCGAGCCGUUUCCUUUGGAAGUUCUCAAGGAUCUACUUGGCCAUGACCGCGAGCACGUCAACCUCCCGCUGCUGGUCAUCUUUGUCAAGGCUUUCAGCUGGGAUAUUCUUGGGACCAAGCCUGCUGGCGCUGAUGGAAGGAAGACGGUAGAGGAGGACGGUGUGGCAAACGCGGCCCAGGAUGUCAGCGGGGACGCGUCCCCUGUCGAUGCUGGGGACGAAGCUGAUCAGCCCUUCACACCGCCCGAGCUUCGAGAGCGAUUCAGGAACGUUCUGAAGAAGUACUUUGAAGACGUCAAGGCGCAUGUCGUUCGUGAUCAAAAGUCAGUGCACUCUCAGGCACGUCGCAAUGCGGAAGCGUACGUCAAGUCAGGCGAGGUCUUUGAAGACCGCCAGUCCACCUACGAGAAGCAGGUCAAGAGUCAAGAGCGCCUCGUGGCCAAUGCCCAGGCUGUUGCAGACGCGAUUGGGGCAGAGAUGCCGGACCUCAAAGUGUCUGACGACUCAAUGGCCGCUACGAACAGCUCCAUUGGCCUCGUCAAGACCGGCGAUUAUCUCUCCAGUGAUGGCGCAGGAAUUUGGGAAGAUGAAGACGAGAGGCGCUUCUACGAGAAUCUCGUGGAUCUGAAGGGCAAGGUCCCUGCCAUGCUCCUCGAAGACGGCAAAAAGAAGAAGCCCGACUCGGAAGAGCAGGUUGGAAAGAAGAUUGAAGCAAGCGACACGGCCGAGGACCCAAAGCCAGAUGCCUCUGAGGACCAGUCGACAGCCAUUGCCAACAAGACGAUCGGCGCACAGGUGGAUGCCCUGCUGACACGCUUGCCAGAGCUUACCAACAAGGAUACCAUCGACGAAUUGGCCAUUGACUUCUGCUUCCUCAACUCCAAGGCUUCCAGAAACCGACUAGUCAAGGCUUUGACCGAGGUGCCCAAGGGACGUACUGAUCUACUACCGAACUGGGGUCGUCUCGUUGCCACGCUCGGACGGUACAUGCCGGACAUUCCCAAAGGCCUCGUUGAUUACCUCGACGCCGAAUUCCGCAGCUUGCAGCGCCGAAAGGAGAAGGAUUUCCUCGGUCAAGUCCGCCUCAGCAACAUUCGCUAUCUUGCCGAGCUGACCAAGUUCGGUAUCGUGCCGGAGCACGUUGUCUUCCACUGUCUGAAAGUCAGCCUGGACGACUUCUCCCGCAUGAACAUUGAGAUUCUGUGCAACCUUAUCGAAAACUGCGGUCGCUACCUGCUUCGCAACCCGGAGACGUCGCCUCGGAUGGCCAGCUUCCUGGAGACACUGCAGCGCAAGAAGUCAGCCCACCACCUGGGCCAGCCCGAGCGCAUGCUCAUCGAGAACGCCGUGUACUAUGUUGAUCCGCCAGAACGGCCGGCCGUGGUUCACAAGGAACGUACACCGAUGGAUACAUUUAUUCGCAAGUUGAUCUACAUGGAUAUGACGAAGCGCAACUAUAGCAAGAUUUUGAAGCAGAUACGAAGGUUGCACUGGGAGGAGCCUGAGGUGGUGCAUAUCUUGGAGAAGGUCUUUUCCAAACCCGGCAAGAUGAAGUAUGGCAACAUUCAUCUGCUCAGCAUCCUCCUCGGCGCGCUGUACCGAUACCACCCAGACUUUGUCGUCAAGGUCAUUGAUAACGUUAUUGAGUCCAUCACCUUUGGGCUCGAGCAAAACGACUUCCGCUUCUCCCAGCGCCGAAUUGCCGAGGUGAAGUAUCUCGGCGAGCUGUACAAUUACCGCAUGCUGGAACAUCCAGUCAUCUUCGAUGCCAUGUACAAGAUCUUGACAUUUGGCCAUGGAGGAGCACCCAUGCCAGGGCGUUUCAACUACCUCGACCCGCCUGAUGAUUUCUUCCGCAUUCGUCUGAUCACAACCAUACUCGAGACUUGUGGCAUGUUCUUCAACCGAGGUGCAGCAGGCAAGAAGCUCGACUAUUUCCUGUCGUUCUUCCAGUACUAUGUCUUCACCAAAGUCUCGAUGCCACUGGACAUUGAGUUCAGCGUCCAGGACGUGUUUGCUUUAACACGUCCGCAAUGGAAGCUCGCUGCCAAUUUGGAGGAUGCCGCCCAGGCCUUCCAGCUGGCCGUUGCUCAAGACCAGAAGGCGUCUGGUGUCGAGAAGGCCGCUGAGCCUGAACCAGAUGAAGCCAGCAGCGGCGAGUCAUCCGACGACGGGAUCGACGAGCUGGACCUGGAGGGCGAGGCUGAUGACGAUAGUGGCAGUGAAGAAGAGGAGAUUGAGGAUGCUGAAGAGGACUCUGGUAAGGAGAGCAGUGUCGAGGACGAUGACGACAUGCCCAUGUCUCGUCAGCAACCGGAGGUGGACUCGGAGGACGAGGCCGAAUUCGAGCGCGAGUAUGCCAAGAUGAUGUCAGAAAGCCUCGAGUCCCGCAAGUUUGAGCGGAAGCAGCUCUUUGACGUGCCUCUACCCGUCCGGGCCAAGAGUCGCGAAACGUCUGGGCUUUCGGCACCUGGCGAGGCUGCACAAGAGCCUACCCCAGCACAAGCAUCAGCCGCGGAGCACCCGCCGAUCAACAAGAUGGCUUUUGCCCUGCUCACGAAGAAGGGCAACCGACAACAGACCAAGACGAUCGAGCUGCCUUCCGAUUCUACCUUUGCGAUUGCUAUGAAGAAUCAGCAGCAGGCGGAGAAGGAAGAGCAGCAGCGGAUCAAGAGCUUGGUCUUGAACUAUGAUCUGAAUCAAAGUGAUGACCCUGACUACGACCGGGAAAGGCCGUCGACCUUCCACCAUAAUCGUGUGGAGCGUCCAAAGGACCGUGGACAGAGGGUUCGCAAGUUACAACUGAGCGACGUUGACUGGUAG